CCUGAGGGCUGGUGGACAUGUUAAUCCCGUAUGAUUUUCCAGGUGAACGUUGUGUUUGCCAUGGAGGUGAAACAGGUGGAGGAUCGCACAGGAACCAUUUGUAUUAGUUCUGUAUUUAUGUGUCCCUGGGGAGCCCCCAAAACUGCAUCAAUAUCAUGUUCCCUCGCUGACGUAAUGAGUGAACAGCUGGCAAAAGAGCUGCAACUGGAAGAAGAAAAUGCUGCUUUUCCUGAAGUGGUUGCUGUUGCUGAAGGACCCUUUAUUACAGGAGAAAAUAUUGACACUUCUAGUGACCUAAUGCUAGCCCAGAUGCUGCAGAUGGAAUUUGACAGGGAAUAUGACGCGCAGCUUCGACGUGAAGAGAAGAAGUUCAAUGGAGAUAGCAAAGUUUCCAUAUCCUUUGAAAAUUAUCGGAAGGUGCAUCCCUUUGACAGUGACAGCUCGGAGGAUGAGGUUGAUUGGCAGGAUACCCGUCACGAUCCGUACAGGGCAGAUAAACCUACUACUACACCAAAAAAGGGCUUCAUAGGAAAGGGAAAGGACAUUACCACUAAACAUGAUGAAGUGGUCUGUGGAAGAAAGAACACUGCUCGUAUGGAAAAUUUUGCUCCUGGGUUCCAAGUUGGAGAUGGAAUUGGGAUGGACUUAAAGCUGUCAAAUCAAGUCUUCAAUGCCUUAAAGCAGCAUGCAUACUCAGAGGAACGUCGAAGUGCAAGGCUCCAUGAAAAGAAGGAGCACUCCACUGCUGAGAAAGCAGUGGAUCCUAAAACACGUUUACUUCUGUACAAGAUGGUCAAUGCUGGGAUGCUGGAGACCAUCACAGGCUGCAUCAGCACAGGGAAAGAAUCUGUCGUUUUUCAUGCAUAUGGAGGAAAAAGUGCAACUGAAGAUGAUAAAGUUAUACCUCCAGAAUGUGCCAUUAAAGUGUUUAAAACGACUCUUAAUGAAUUCAAGAACCGCGACAAAUACAUCAAGGAUGACUACAGAUUUAAAGACCGCUUCAGUAAAUUGAAUCCACGAAAGAUUAUUCGUAUGUGGGCUGAGAAAGAAAUGCAUAACUUAACAAGAAUGCAAAAUGCAGGAAUUCCUUGUCCUCAAGUGGUUAUCCUUAAGAAACACAUCUUGGUUAUGUCUUUCAUUGGCCAGGAUCAAGUCCCAGCUCCUAAACUAAAGGAUGUAAAACUUAAUAGUGAAGAUAUGAAAAAAGCCUACUAUCAGAUUCUUAAUAUGAUGCAACAGUUGUAUAAAGAGUGCAACCUGGUCCAUGCAGAUCUGAGUGAAUACAACAUGCUUUGGCAUGAUGGCAAGGUUUGGCUUAUUGAUGUCAGUCAGUCUGUGGAGCCCACGCAUCCUCAUGGACUUGAGUUUUUGUUCAGAGACUGUAGGAAUGUUUCACAGUUCUUCCAGAAAGGAGGUGUGGCAGAAGCGCUUAAUGAGCGUGAACUCUUCAAUGCUGUCUCAGGUUUAAAUAUUACAGCUGACAAUGAAGUAGACUUCCUAGAAGAGAUUGAAGCUUUGGAGAAGAUAAAUGAAGAUCAUGUGCAGAAUCAUGGAAAGAAAGUGUCCACAUUUUCAAGUGAUGGAGACCCACCUAUUUAUGAUGAAUAGCACUGGCUGUAUAGCUGCUUUUUUAAAAAAACAAACAAACACAAAACUACAAAAAAACAACACAGAUAUGCUGCUUCUGACUAUGUUAGUGCAGUGGUAAAUGUCAACUGCCGAUGUCAAGAGAGAGUGGUUGACUGGGAAUGCCAAAAUGGAAAACACAGUGAGCAUACGGUGAUGCCUCAGUGGUUUUUUUUUUUCCUUGUUUGAUUUUUGUUUUUAAUUUAGCCCACACGUCAGGCUGGCACUGCGGGAAUGGAAUGUCACUACUUUGGAUGGUCUGACAGCUUCACCAGUUGUCUGGUUACAUUAGGCUAAUGUAGCCGAGGUGGUCAUAUUUUGCGUGACUCAGAGCUUAUAUGUUAUACUUAAAAAAAAA